AUGCAAACACCGAGAACAUGGAGUGCAGGCUGCAGAGCAUGCUGGCUGGCUCCGAGCGAAGGAGGCGGCAGGCGAAGGGAGAGCACUGAGUUACCUUGUGAGUGCGUCGUGCGGCGCCGCGAUGGGCGUCGGAGCGACGCCGGGGCGCCGGGCUGCGCGGCCGAGGGCGCGGGGCGCGGG